AUGUUUACUCUUGAUGUUUUAGUUGGAUGUUGUAAAUCAAAAUUUGAUUCAACAUAUCCAAUUCAUUUAAAUGGAAUAAUUAGUAAAGAGGAUUUUCAUAAAUCGAUUUCUAAAAUUAAUCGUACAAUUUCAUCAAACAAAAUUUUAAUAUGUCUUUCAAUCAUUUUCUGUUUGAGCAUAAUCAGUGGAAUAAUGCUACUUUAUCAUUUUUCAUAUGAAUUUCGUACAAUUGGAAUUAUUGUGAUUAUUUUCGGAUCGAUUCUUUUUGGUAUUGGAUGGUAUACAAUAAAACUUCGAUGUAUAAGACAAAUGCGACAUGCAAUUGCUGAAGAAUCAAAGAUAUAUUCGUCGAGAUCACCGAUACCAUGUAGUUGGAGAUUAGAUACAAUGACACAUUUUGUUGGAAGAUAUGGAAUUUAUCGUAACAAUCAUUUAGGUUAUCAUAAUAAUUUUACAUUAAUGAAUUUCUACUAUUUAUUUCAGUUAGUUAUUGAUAUUGGUCGAUCUACUUCUCCAGAAAGUGUACUAUAUUAUUCCAAUCAAGAUGGUGUUAAUUCAACAUCAGUUAUUGGAGGACAUAAUAAUAUGAUACCUCCACCAUAUUCUGCUCAAUCUACUAUAGAAUUUUGUUCUCGAUGUGGUGCAUCACGACAAGAUCUAACAAGCAAAAUUUGUUCAUCAUGUGGACAAUCAUUCAAUACAUGUUAA